ACCCGGCAGCAGAGGGCGCUCCUCAAUAAUAGUACAUGGAUAAGAAGUACACCCAAAAAGCCGCUCCCAGCCAGGGCCACUUACCCCUGAGGGCAGGGCAAGACUUCAGUGUGGCUAAGUGGACCAAGCUGGACAGGCUGUUUAAAUAUGGGCAGAAGUAGUGAAUGUGUCACAGGGAACAUCUAAUCCGGAAGUUGGGUGUCAAACAUACAGGCAAUUGAAAAUUUGGGUGCAGUAAGAACCAAUCUGGGCUGCAUCAGGAAAGAUGGGGAGAAUAAAAGAGACCACUACUGGGUUUGUACUUGCCUCCCAGGGUAAGUCAAGGGAAAUGUCUGGUCAUAAAUACCCCCUGCUACUAUUCUACUUUGCCUUGGUCUGGCCCUGUGAGUAUGGUUUUUGGCCGCUGCCUUUAACACUGGCUUUCUACCUUUUAAAAUACUGACACUUGAAAUCCUUUAUCCUCUAACCUCUUAAGACCUUGACAACCCACCCCCCCAAACCUCUCACCCUGAGGGCUUCUCACUGCAGAUGCCCUGCUCUCUGACCUGGAGACCACCACUUCACACAUGUCACGGUUAGGGGCUCCAAAAGAGCGCCCACCAGAGCCACUCACACCUCCCCCACCCUAUGGCCACCAGCCACAGACAGGGUCUGGAGAAUCUUCAGGAGCCUCUGGGGACAAGGAUCAUCUAUACAGCACAGUAUGCAAGCCUCGGUCCCCAAAGUCUGUGGCCCCUGUGGCUCCUCCGUUCUCCUCUUCCAGUGGUGUGUUGGGCAAUGGGCUCUGUGAGCUAGACCGUCUGCUUCAGGAACUUAAUGCCACCCAGUUCAACAUUACAGAUGAAAUCAUGUCUCAGUUCCCAUCUAGUAAGAUGGCUGAAGGGGAAGGAAAGGAGGACCAAUCUGAAGACAAGAGCACAACCACUGUCCCUUCCAGCACAUUCCCUGCCCCCUCAAAGCCUUCAGCCACCUCAGCCACUCAGGAGCUAGAUAGACUGAUGGCAUCGCUCUCUGACUUUCGCGUCCAGAACCAUCUUCCGGCCUCAGGGCCACCUCAGCCUCCAGCAGUGAGCCCCACCCGUGAGGGAUGCCCAUCUCCACCAGGACAGACCAACAAGGGCAGUCUGGACACCAUGCUGGGCCUGCUGCAGUCUGACCUCAGCCGCCGUGGUGUUCCCACUCAGGCCAAGGGCCUCUGUGGCUCCUGCAAUAAACCUAUUGCUGGGCAAGUGGUUACAGCUCUGGGUAGAGCCUGGCAUCCGGAGCACUUCCUUUGCAGUGGUUGUUCCACAACCCUGGGAGGCAGCAGUUUCUUCGAGAAGGAUGGGGCUCCCUUUUGCCCUGAGUGCUACUUUGAGCGCUUCUCCCCACGAUGUGGCUUCUGCAACCAACCCAUCCGACAUAAAAUGGUCACCGCCUUGGGCACCCACUGGCACCCAGAACAUUUCUGCUGUGUCAGCUGCGGGGAGCCUUUUGGAGAAGAGGGUUUCCACGAGCGGGAGGGCCGCCCCUACUGCCGGCGGGACUUCCUGCAGCUGUUCGCCCCGCGCUGCCAGGGCUGCCAAGGACCCAUUUUGGAUAACUACAUCUCGGCACUCAGCGCGCUCUGGCACCCAGACUGCUUCGUGUGCAGGGAAUGCCUCGCGCCCUUCUCCGGAGGCAGCUUCUUUGAGCACGAGGGUCGCCCGCUGUGUGAAAACCAUUUCCACGCUCAGCGUGGUUCGCUGUGUGCCACGUGUGGCCUCCCUGUGACUGGCCGCUGUGUAUCUGCUCUGGGCCGCCGCUUCCACCCAGAUCACUUUACCUGCACCUUCUGCCUACGCCCACUCACCAAAGGCUCCUUCCAGGAGCGUGCCAGCAAGCCUUACUGCCAGCCUUGCUUCCUGAAGCUCUUCGGCUGACCUCCUCUUGGGAUCACAGACCUCCAAAACCACGCCUCCAAAAACCUGUUCUCCCGAAAAAGACUGGGCCCUCCAGAUCCCUAGCUCUGGAGCUGCCCAGGCAUCCUUGCCUGUACUCCCACCCCAUCCCCACUAUGGCCCGGCCACUGGAGAGGCCUACCGGUGUAGUGUAAGGUGCUCCAGGUUUGUCAAGCUCAGCAAGGGCCCCACUAGCUCUCACUUUGACACGAUUCUGGUUUUCUAAUCUGAAGGAUUAGAGGCCAAGAUGUCCCUGUUCACCCAUGGCUCACUGUUCUGUACUUUUUUUUUUCUACAAACAUAAAAACACGCUCCACAUCUCACAGUG